AUAAACCGCAAAGAGGGGUCCUCCAUGUCGUCUACUCUGUUCAUUGUAAACCUAUUCCCAAAAGAAUAUGAAACAGGAACACCAACCUGGGCGCGUUUGACGAACUCACGUCACAGUCAAUGAAUUGGCGCUUGCGCAUUAAACCAGUACCCUCGAUCAUGUUUACUGCGUUUCACGAACGAGGAUUACGAUCACAGACUGCUAAAUGCGCGAUUUUAUUCAAUAAAACAAUACUAUAAAUAAUUGAUGCACACUCUUGUACUGUUGUGAGAUGAUAAAUUAAGCACCAAACCCUGGAUGUUGAGGCUAUGGUAGGAUAUAUGGACAGAGAGAGAUCAUAAAAUUAUGGAAAUCAUGGAGAAAAGUGAGAGGGCUCACUUUUUCACUUCAAAGGAGCAACAACUUCUUAUAGCGGGCUAUGCAGAAGAACGACCCAUACUAACUGAUAAGUCCAACACUGUCAGAGCAUCAAAAAUGAGGGAGGAAGCUUGGCAGAGAAUUGCAGACAGAUUAAAUAAGCAAUCUGGCAGUGGCUACAAGCGCACAUGGCAACAAGUGAAAAUCAAAUAUAAAAAUCUGGUGCAAACAGCCAACAGGAAAAAAGCGACAAGGGAAGACAUUAAGAAAGAUGAGGACGAGAUACAAACAAAUGUCGUCAUCAAAUCGGAUGAAUCUGACGAGGAGUUUGUUGUGCAGCAUAGCUCCAGCAGGCCGAUGGUGGAGGGCAUCCCAGGAGGCACCAGCUCUGAGCCUGCUGCCGCAUGUAUCAGCUCCUACAUCAGGGUGACGGGCCAUUCUCUUACCCUCCUGCCUCCGCCACAGGGUGACCCUGAACACUCAGUGUGUGAUGAGACGUUCUCCAAUGACACUCACAUGGAUGAGGAUUUUGACCCCAGCAGUGCCCAGGAGAAAGGCUGUCCUACAGGAAAGAAGGCUGGAGAGGUAAUUCUUAUGUGUCUGGAUUGAGUUGUACCCAUAAGCAUUAACAAAACAUAAACAUCCAUUG